GUUGGGCUUGAGCACAUUACAAGCACUUUGGGCUUUGUAGUUGCAGACUUUCAUUUCAUUUGAUCAUUUCCUUCUCCGUCUCCGUCUGGAGAGGACUGAGUAUCACUGUAUCAGUGUGAGUGAGCCUCCCAUAAACCUAAAACCCUAAAUCACACUACCAUGAGCUGGAGAACCCUAGCUUCCACUUCAAGACACACUUUCAAGAGACUCAAUGCAAUCCUACGAUCCCCUUCCACCACCAUCCCUUCUUCACGCGCCUCCUCCUCACUCUUCCUCCACGUGCCGUUCUCCACCACCACCCUACAUUCCCUGCCACAACCCACCAACGCCCUCAUCGACCCUAAACUCCUCGCUCCGCAAAACGACGCCGUCAACAACAACGACGACGAAACCACGAACGAGUUCUUAUCUCGAUUCGUGUGGAUAAUGCGGAAGAAGGUGAAGGAAGCGUACCCUGACUCCGACAAGCCCACCGUCGACGGCAUGCUCGUCGCCAUCGUCGAGAUGGUCGUCUCGGAGAUGGAAAAGGGUAACAUCGGAACGACGUCGUCGUUGUUUUGUUCUGCUGAUUUCAGCGAGGAUUUGUGGAGAACGGUGUGGGAGGUGAGCAGUCUGGUGCUGGAGGACAUGAACAAGGAGAUAAAAAAAGAGAAAAUGAAGAGCUUCUUGCAGUGCGAGGAGGUUAAGGAGAUGUGUAGAUUCGCCGGAGAAGUCGGCAUUCGGGGCGAUUUGCUCAGGGAGCUUAGGUUCAAGUGGGCACGUGAGAAGAUGGAGGAACAUGAAUUCUAUGAGGGUUUGGAGAGAUUGAGAGAAGAGGCACGAAGUGAGGGCAAUGGAAUUGGUGUUAUUACUGAGAAGAAGGAGAAGGUGAAAGAGAAGGUUGUUGUUGGACUUCCCAAGAGGAGAGGGAACAUAAGGUACAAGAUCUAUGGGCUUGAUCUCUCGGAUUCCAAGUGGGCACAAGUGGCUGAUAGGAUACAUGAGGCCGAGCAGGUGUUUUGGCCGCAGGAGCCGAAGCCAAUUACCGGGAAAGCAAAGAUUGUUAUCGCCAAGAUUCUGUCCUCGAAGGAGGAGGAUGACGAUGGUUUGCAAAGCCUGUUGGCUGAGUGGGUGGAGCUUGUGCAACCUAGCAGGGUGGAAUGGAUGGAUUUGCUCGACAAAUUGAAAGAGCAGAAUCAUGGUUUGUACUUGAAGGUGGCUGAAAUGGUAUUGGCUGAAGAUUCUUUCCAAACAAAUGUAUCUGACUACUCUAGGCUUAUUGAUAUCUAUGCUAAAGAGAACCGCUUUGAUGAUGUUGAGAGAAUGUUAAAGAAACUGAAUGAAAAUGGUCUACAAGUAGAUGCUUCAAUAGCCAGUACUUUGGUCCUCAUGUACUGCAAGGGAGGCAAUCUUGCACGUGCAACUGAAGCAUUUGGAGUCUUGACAAGCCUGGGCUUCCAACCAGAUGCACAUGUCUACAACUCAAUGAUCAUGACAUUUGUGAAUAAUGGCCAGCCUAAGUUGGGCGAGAAAUUGAUGAGGGACAUGGAUGAUAGACUUAUUACAAUCACAAAGGACAUAUACAUGGCAUUGCUCCGUUCUUAUUCUCAACUUGGUGAUGUUGCAAGCGCUGAACGAAUUUCAACAACUAUGCAAUUUGCAGGAAUCCAGCAGAGUACGGAUAAGGAGACAUGCACCCUGCUUGUUGAGGCAUAUGCACUUGCCAGUAACCCUGAUCAGGCAAGAAGCCAUUUUGACUGCAUGAUAAAAUCUGGGCAUCAGCCUGAUGAUAGGUGCACUGCUAGCAUGAUUUUGGCUUACGAGAAGAAAAACGACUUGGACAAUGCUUUAAAUCUUCUUUUGGAGUUAGAAAAGGAUGGGUUUGAGCCUGGGGUUGCCACUUAUUCUGUUCUUGUGGACUGGUUGGGUAAGUUGCAGCUUGUUGAUGAGGCUGAGCAGCUUUUAGGCAAAAUAGCUCUGCUGGGUGAGGCUCCUCCCUUUAAGCUUCAAGUAAGUCUUUGUGAUAUGUAUGCAAGGGCUGGAAAUGAGAAAAAAGCCCUUCAAAGUCUAGGCGUUCUGGAAGCUAGGAAGGAUGAAUUAGGUCAAGCUGAGUUUGAGAGAAUUAUAAGUGGCCUUAUUGAUGGUGGGUUUCAGAAGGAUGCACAAAGAAUAUGUCAGAUCAUGGAGGCACAGGGUUUUGAUGCAUCAAGGGUUAAGUUUAAACUUUCGAAACCUGUCUCCAGAGCACCGAGUUUGAGAUAGUUUAGUGGUCAUGAGUAGGGCCAUUUUAGUCUUUCUCUGCCAAGUGACCAACAAAUACGCUGCCUUAUUAAGGAAGCAUGGUCUGCUGGAUUUAUCAUACCAUGUAACAAAUAAGGAUGAGUUUAUGCUUGUCAGUUUUUCAGUUGUACUGUGUUUAUGAAUUUUUCCUUUGUCACAGUUUUACCAGUGCGCAGAUUACUGAUUUACAUCUCUUAUUUUUUUUCUUUCUUUUGAACUUUAUCGUUUGUAUAUACAAAUAUCUUUUGUGGCA